UCUUUUCUCAGUUCUCAAUUACAGCGCCACUUCCUCCCCUUCCCCCAAAUCACCCAAUCCCUAAUUCAGAUCCUCCAAUGGGUCGUGUCAUCAGAGCUCAACGUAAGGGUGCCGGAUCAGUUUUCCGGUCUCACACCCACCACCGCAAGGGUCCUGCCCGUUUCCGCUCUCUUGAUUUCGGGGAGCGAAAUGGUUACCUGAAAGGUGUGGUCAGUGAGAUCAUCCACGAUCCCGGUAGGGGUGCGCCGUUGGCCCGCGUCACCUUCCGCCACCCCUUCCGCUACAAGCACCAGAAGGAGCUCUUUGUCGCCGCUGAGGGUAUGUACACUGGUCAGUUCGUUUACUGUGGAAAGAAGGCUAACCUCGUCGUCGGUAAUGUGCUUCCCAUCAGAGCCAUUCCUGAAGGUGCUGUGGUUUGUAAUGUUGAGCACCAUGUUGGUGACAGAGGUGUGUUCGCUAGAUGCUCUGGUGAUUAUGCCAUUGUUAUCAGUCACAACCCAGAUAAUGAUACCAGCAGGAUUAAGCUACCAUCUGGAGCCAAGAAGAUUGUCCCAAGUGGGUGCCGUGCUAUGAUUGGUCAGGUUGCUGGAGGAGGAAGAACAGAGAAGCCUCUUCUGAAGGCAGGUAAUGCUUACCACAAGUUCCGUGUGAAGCGUAACUGCUGGCCCAAGGUUCGUGGUGUUGCUAUGAAUCCAGUUGAACAUCCCCAUGGUGGUGGUAACCAUCAACACAUUGGUCAUGCCAGUACCGUCCGCCGUGAUGCCCCACCUGGUCAAAAGGUUGGUCUCAUUGCUGCCAGAAGAACUGGUCGGCUCCGUGGACAGGCUGCCGCCACUGCUUCCAAGGCUGAUAAAGCUUAGAGCAAUAGUUUCAUGUGUUGGACGCUUAUUUUGCCUAAUCCUUAGCCCUUUUUCAUUAUGUUUGAUUGGAUUUGCAUUGUGUUGAAGAAGACCAUAUUUAGAAGUUUUUGUCCCAAGUUUUGUUACAACAUAGAUCCUUUUUUAACAUCAUCCUCUCUCCUAUUUUUGGUUGCUACAAUGAACUUGAGAACUUGAAUACCAAUUUAUCCCUCUCACAAUCA